AUGUCGCAUUCUGCAGUAUCAAAUCCAGUGAAAAUCCACAAAUUACCACUUUUGAUUAGAAAGAACGCUAUAACAACGUACGAUAAAUUAAAAUCGAACGAUCUGUUCCUACGACUCGUUGAGAAACAGAAACAGAAUUACAAUGAAGACAUAAUUUUUAAAGAAGACAUAAUCUACAAGGCCCAAGAACAUGAUACAUUGAGCGGGAAAUACCCUAAUUUAAUCAUUAAAAAUAGACUGAAUGUCGUGAAAAAUACCAGUCGGACGGUCGCCACUUACCAGGAGAAUUCUACUAUAGUCGAGUUGAGCUCUGACAAUAUAUCAAACCUUAUUGGGCAGAAGAACUACGACCUAGUAUUCAGUGCUCUGUGUUCAGUUAUAAACCAAGACUUAAAAGUUCAAGGUAUAAUAUCAUUACUAAGCUUCGAUAAAAAAAACAGUUCAAGUGAUGUGAAAGGUGAGGAUAAAUCUUCUCAAACAGACGAAACGUGUCGAGAAAUAUUCAUGCGUAUUAAAAAAAAAAAGAGAGUUAAUAGACGGAAGCAGGUAAGGCCUUAUGCUAUUAGCGAUAACAUGCUGGCAGAGAAGCGUAUGAAAAAACUAAUUAUUCAUCCGAAAAGCUUAAAUGUUAUUACACCAGAGAAAAUAAAAGGCGAAUCCAAUCACAAUAAAACUUUAGAAGAAUCUAAUAACAGAAAUUUGAGUGAAGAAUCUUCUCAAAGUGAAUAUUUACCAGAUUUAAAACUUAUACUCGAUGAAGACAGUAACAUCUCUGAUAGCAGUAUCGGUAACAUCUCUAUAGGCAGCUGUAACAUACCGAACAUAUUAGAAAACCCUAAUUCCUUAUUAAACAACAUCGACAAACACACAAAAGAGACGGACACCAGUAACUUGACGACGGUCAGGAUGAUUGAUGGUUCGGUGGUGAUGAUUCCUGGAAAUCCUGAUAUAUUUCAUUUGGCGAGUCAAGAUAUUUUAAAAGAUUUGUCGCCGCAAGAUAGGAAGAAAAUAUUAUUGCAUCAAGCUUAUAUCGAUUGGAAGUUCUGCUUACAAGCUGAUUGUGAUGGAUAUCUACCGCUCCACAAGGCAGUACUCAAUAAGGACGCGGAUUUAGUAAAACGACAUUGUAUAGUACUAAAGAUGCGCCAUCAAUCAGUCGAUGUCACAUUUAAUGGGAAUCCGACAGCACUUCAAUUAUCUCUGAUCCAUGACUGUCCCAAGUGUACAGCGAUAUUGUUGCAAUAUGGAGCCGACCCGCUAAUACCUGACGAAGAAAGCAGGACACCGUUACAUCUAGCAGCGGAGGUCAGCUCGGAAAACGUUAAAGCUAUUUUGGAUCACUGUAGAGCGAAUGCUAGAGAAGUUCUAAGAGAGAACGAGGGUAUGUGGAGAAACAGCUUCGAAAGUAAAUCAGAUGAAGAUUUGGCCGACUUUUUAAUGUAUAAGAUGUGUAUUGAGUACGAUAAUCAAGGAUACACACCUCUAAUGUUGGCCAGUAGAAUGGGAAUUACUGAGAGUGUAAAGCUGUUAAUAAAAGCGUCACCGGAGACUAUCGAUGUUGGAAUGCCCAACUGUGGGAAUACAGCUUUGUAUUUAGCAGUCAGCACGGUCUGCUUAGAUUGUCAAGAGCGUGUCGACGUGGAUCCGAAAUUCAUGGAUACAAUAGGCACUUUAAUUGAAAACGGCGCAGAUCCGGCCAUCAGUAACACUUCCGGUAGCAAUGUCAACACUCUACUGACGGAGUUUUGUAUAUCGAACCUGUCAAUGCUAGUAGCGAACAAACUGAUAGAAGCGAUAUAUGUCGAUGUCGGAAAAAUUAAGAAUUUCGAUUCGUACAUGCUGGUAAAAGAAGCGGAUGGAAGCGUAAAUUUGAAAGAAAUAAAACCUCCAAAACAAGAACCAAUUAAAACUAAAUUGUUGAAGGCUGUAAAUGAGAAUAUUAAAAAAAUGAAUUCGGCUAAAGAUGACAUAAAUAAAGUGCUUUCUGCCAAAGAUAAAAUAAACAAAGUUAAUCCGCCAGAACAGAAUAUACAUGAAGUCGAUUCGGAUAAAGGCGAAAUACUAAAAGUUGAUACGGAUAACGGUGAAAGGAAAAGUGUGAGUUCGCGUAUAGAUGAAGUUAAAAAUCAAUCGAUACAAACGGAUGCGAAAGAUAAUAGGGUGGUCGAAAGGAUAAAACAGAAAUCUAUAAUACUACAGGAUAUACCUGUUACUAACAUCGGUCUGAGGCCGGUUAUCUUGCAGUCGGUAGACCCGGCCUCGAUGACUGUGAGUGAUCCUAACAUUGUAAAAAUAAAUAAGCAAUUAAUACCAAUUACAUUGAAAGGUAAAAAGCAGAUCAAAUUGGUGAAAAUUUUGCCAAAAUCUAAGGUUGUGAGUUCGACUGCUAGCGUUAUUACAGGUAUUGCAAGUACUAGUUCUAAAAAUACUAGUACUGAAUGUACUAGUACAAAUAACAGUAUACAAGCUAUUAGUACUGUUACAAAUGGUAUUACUAUUAAAAGAUCUUUAUCCCCAUCGGAUUCAAAGCAAAAUUCGAAGAAAUCUAAAAUUUGUACCAAUGGAACAUGA